UCCCUAUUAUUCCAAGCAAGCAUUCACUUCUAUUAACUAAUCCAUCGCCAUGACCUCAAGAAAACCCAAUACUCCACCGCCACCACCACCCAAUAUUCCACAGCUACCACCACUGCCACCACCACCACCACCACGAGCUCAACGUCGUCAUGAACCCCCGAACGUAGGAAACCUACCACCACAGCCGCCUCCGCAGCAGCCACCACAACGACAACCACUGAACAAUGAACCACGAGCACUACCUCGACGACUGAGGAGGAGGAUCUACUUGAUGUUCAUCGUAGGGCAUGUUAUUUUCGGCGUCGGGUGGUGGUAUAUUUUUGUCCGCACUUUUUUUCCUUCCCCAAGGGACUCACUUGAAUAACUAACAAAUUGUAUUGUGGCAGGAAUUCUUCAACUUCAUUCAUCAAUCAUCAUCUUGCAAUUCUUUUCUUUCAGUUC